AAGGUCAAAUUUUGACAGCUCGCUAAAGUUGCUCUCUCUUUCUAAAGAACUGAACUGCGUCAUCUACCUGUUUGUUGGGUAGAAAGGGUUAGCACUGCUGCAGUUCAGGUGAUUAACUUUUCGACUUGACAUCCUGCAACUUGCUGGAGCACAGCUGUGGCGUUUGAAUCUCACUACACAGAAGAAACCUCAUUAGUUAUGUUUCAUCCAGCACAGCAACAGGAUUCUUCCCAAGACUCUGCAUCAGAGUCGGACACCCAGCAGUCCAACGAGAAAGAUCCCUCGUUAAACUGUAGCCUGACCCAGGAGGAGUCUGGGUGCUGCUCAGAGACGAGAACUGAAUCCUCCUCAUCUCUUUCAUCUUCCUCCUCCUGCUCGUCGUGUUCCAAUGACGAGAAGAAAGUGGAGAUGGAGUGUGUGGCUCCAGACUGCCACAAGACGUCUUACAAGUCCCGCAAGUACCUACUGCUGCCGUGGAAGUGCAAGUACCAUCGGAACAAGACGUAUAAGGAGACCUACAAGAAACGAAAAGCUCUGAAUAACAAGAGUGCUUUGAACAUGGAACUUUUGCUCCAUGGAACAGAGAGCCAAAGUGACGGUCAAGGGGGUACACCAAGACAGAAGCCAGCCCAGCAGAGGAACAUGCUUGAGCAGGUCCUCAAUGAGAAGAAAAUGGCUUUGAUGCAGUCCCCUGUGGUCUUAGAAUUCCUCCAGAAGCAGCAGCAGAAGAAACAUAAUCAGCACAGGCAUCAGCAGAAACCAUGGAGUGUUCAGGAACACCAGCGAUAUGGACCAACAAACCAGCGCUGAUAUCAACGAAUGAUCUCAUCAACAACUAUAAGUAGUAGCAGACUCGAUGAGACAGAUCACAGUCAGAGAACGAUUUCGUCCAGCACUUUUGCAUAGCAAAAUAUUUUGACUAGAGAGUUGUGUGCACAAUGAAUGCAAACAUUGAGGAGCAUAUGAUGAUUUUUGAGUAGCAACUGAGACAUUUUGCAAAGCAUUUUGCUCUGCUAUGCAAUGGAAAUUGCUCUUUGAGACAUCAUGUCGAGGCCGAGCGAAUGAGAUUAACGGUCUCGUCAAGCUCUGGUGUUUCUGAUCAGUAGAGUGUGGGUUCCAGUCCCAGUCAUGACACUUGUGUCCCUGAGCAAGACACUUCAAUAUAAUUCUUGCAUGCUUCGGAUGGGAUGUAAAGCCGUCGGUCCUGCGUGUUGUUUAAUGCGGAUAAGACUACUGGACUCAAGCUCUGGUGUUUCUGAUCUGUAGAGUGUGGGUUCGAGUCCCUGUCAUGACACUUGUGUCCCUGAGCAAGACACUUCAAUAUAAUUCUUGCAUGCUUCGGAUGGGAUGUAAAGCCGUCGGUCCUGCGUGUUGUUUAAUGCGGAUAAGACUACUGGACUCAAGCUCUGGUGUUUCUGAUCUGUAGAGGGUGGGUUCGAGUCCCUGUCAUGACACUUGUGUCCCUGAGCAAGACACUUCAAUAUAACUCUUGCAUGCUUCGGAUGGGAUGUAAAGCCGUCGGUCCUGCGUGUUGUUUAAUGCGGAUAAGACUACUGGACUCAAGCUCUGGUGUUUCUGAUCUGUAGAGUGUGGGUUCGAGUCCCUGUCAUGACACUUGUGUCCCUGAGCAAGACACUUCAAUAUAACUCUUGCAUGCUUCGGAUGGGAUGUAAAGCCGUCGGUCCUGCGUGUUGUUUAAUGCCAAUAAGACUACUGGACUCAAGCUCUGGUGUUUCUGAUCUGUAGAGUGUGGGUUCGAGUCCCUGUCAUGACACUUGUGUCCCUGAGCAAGACACUUCAAUAUAACUCUUGCAUGCUUCGGAUGGGAUGUAAAGCCGUCGGUCCUGCGUGUUGUUUAAUGCGGAUAAGACUACUGGACUCAAGCUCUGGUGUUUCUGAUCUGUAGAGUGUGGGUUCGAGUCCCUGUCAUGACACUUGUGUCCCUUAGCAAGACACUUCAAUAUAAUUCUUGCAUGCUUUGGAUGGGAUGUAAAGCCGUCGGUCCUGCGUGUUGUUUAAUGCCGAUAAGACUACUGGACUCAAGCUCUGGUGUUUCUGAUCUGUAGAGUGUGGGUUCGAGUCCCUGUCAUGACACUUGUGUCCCUGAGCAAGACACUUCAAUAUAAUUCUUGCAUGCUUCGGAUGGGAUGUAAAGCCGUCGGUCCUGCGUGUUGUUUAAUGCCGAUAAGACUACUGGACUCAAGCUCUGGUGUUUCUGAUCUGUAGAGUGUGGGUUCGAGUCCCUGUCAUGACACUUGUGUCCCUGAGCAAGACACUUCAAUAUAAUUCUUGCAUGCUUCGGAUGGGAUGUAAAGCCGUCGGUCCUGCGUGUUGUUUAAUGCCGAUAAGACUACUGGACUCAAGCUCUGGUGUUUCUGAUCUGUAAAGUGUGGGUUCGAGUCCCUGUCAUGACUCUUGUGUUCCUGA